AUGGAGAGCGUCGCGUGCCCGCUUUGCUGCGAGGAUAAGUUUUCCAACAAAGACUUAUUGAAAUAUCAUUUGUUAAGUUUGACCACAAAUAUUCAGUGUCCCUUUUGUGGAAAACAUUGCGAUGACAUCAACUCAUUAGUCGUUCAUUUGGAUAAGAUUUGCAAAAAUAAGGAAGAAGAAGUUGAUAAAUCCAUGCACGAAAACAAUGAAAUGAUCGUCGUAUAUCCAGAUGAUGACGAACCGGAACCUGAGAAUGAAAUUGGAGAAUUCGAUAAUCUUGUGGGAGAAGAGGAUUAUCAGAAUGAUGAACGGCAAACUGAUGCUGAUGUAGAAACUGGAGUUAAGAAAUUUAUUGAAGAAUUUACUAUUGAUGAUCCAACUAAAACGUUGCGACCACCAGAAACAACAGAAACAGAAGUAGAAGUUCUCGUAGAACCAAAUCCUUAUCACUGUUCUGAAUGCAAUAUACAUUUUCCAUCAGUUCAGGAACAUAUAAAUAAUUGUCACAAAGGUCAAGAUGUCGUGUUCCAGGUAAUUGAUGAUGACCUCAAUAAUGACUUAAAGGACAAUCAUGCUACCAUUAGCGAUCAGAUUCCUCAGAUGGGAACCUGGAUCAAAUGGGGCAAUGGCUACUUUUAUACAAACCAUAAAGAUGUGGCAAUGAAACAAUUGGUUGAUAUUAGGUCAGAAAAAACAACAACUUUAAAAACUAUUCCAGAAGACUUAAUUGAAACAAAAGAUGAAAAUAUAAAAAUUAAAAGCAACGUGUAUCAAAAUUAUACCACCAAAUUGUCUGCCAAUAUUUAUUCAAAUCACUGCAUCACUGAUUUAUAUGGCGAUCGGUAUUUUGAUAUUCCUGUUUAUUUACUUCAUCAAGUUACUGAUAAGGUUAAUGAUUAUUUCCAAGUCGAAGCUCGUAAAUUGAGUUUCAAGAAACGAAUCCGUCUUAUACGAUUAAAAUCUAAUACAGAUGAAUUUCAUAUUGAGCAAAUAUUAUUUCAAAAUAAACCAACUAAUUGCAAAAUUAUUCCAAUAUUAGAAAUAGCAUCUGAAUGUAAUGAAUACUCUCAAUUAGAAAAAUUGGAGAAUUGUUUAUUGUUAACUUGGAAGUGUAUAGCAUGUAAUGUAAAAUCUGACCAUUGGUCUAAGUUAAACAAACAUAACUGCAUAGAAGAAGAUGCAAUGGCACCCAAAUCUAAAAAAAAUGUUGAUAACAAAAAUCCAGCCAUCCGAAACAAUAGUCGUACAAUUCCUAAUGUUCGAUCAAAGCAUACUUGUCCACACUGUGGCGGAGAAUUUGAUUCAGAAGGUUAUUUAAGAACACAUCUUAUGGUACACAUAAAUGAUUCAAAUAAAUGUCCGUUUUGUGAUCAACCAGUAGCACCUGAAAUGAUGGACACACAUUUAAUUGCUCAUCAAAAUCCAGAAUUUUCUAACUUAAAGUUUCUAUGCAAUAUAUGCAAUAAAUGUUACGAUUCGGAAUUUCGUCUCCGAUGUCAUCAAAGAGCACACGAAAUGCGACGUAAACCUCGUGAAAUAUUGGUCUGUGAUGUUUGCAAUGCUCAAUUUAAUGAUAAAAACUCUUUGAAGCAUCAUGCCAUUACACAUAUUGAACCCCCUGAACGUUUACGUCGAUUACAUGAAUGUCGUUUCUGUGGAAAAACUUUUGUUAAACCUAUUGAGAAAGUAAACCAUGAAAGAGUGCAUACUGGCGAGAAACCUUUUGCCUGUCCAGUAUGUGGUCGUUGUUUCAGACUCAAAGAUCUCGUACAAAAACAUAUGCGUGUACACACCAAAGAACGCCCUUAUAAAUGUCGUCAUGAAGGUUGUGAAAAAACAUUCAGUGCAUCAAGUAGUAGAGUCAAUCACGAACAAGGCCAUUCUGGUAUUAAGCAAUUUAAAUGUUUUUAUUGUCCUAGAUAUUUUAAGAAUUGGGUGUCGAGAAGUAAUCAUGUUCAAGAGCAUAUGGUUCAGCACAAAUGUGACAUUUGCGAUCGUUCAUUUGUGUCAUUUUGUAAUUAUAAGAAACAUUUGAAAAUGCACGCAGAUGGACGGCUGAAAUUCAGUUGUAUACUAUGCCGUCAAGCAUUUGGAAGACAACUGUUUUUAGAUACCCAUAUGAGUAGAGAACAUGAAAUCAAAUCAAAUAAAGAAGACAACAUAACUGAAUAG